AUAAUAAUCUAACUAAAUUUUAGAAAUUUAGGAGGGCAUAUCAGUAAUGGAAAUCGAUUCUACAUAUACAUCGCUGCAUCACUGGCAGUCCCCAGUAUUGUUUUGAUGGUAACCCUCCUGUCCAAUGGUAGGGAACCCGCCGUACCAGAAUCGUUCAUAAAACCAAGUAACGGGAAUAGUGUGUGCAAAUUCGGUGGUGGACUCGCUCUGUUUUUCGUACCUAUCGGAUUCUUGGUGUUUGUCAGUUUAGGCUGUUUGGCUUAUUUCUUCUACCUCAGAAGACAGAAUGAAAAAUAUUCACCCAACGACCUCGAUUGGGUAUCACAUAAACAUAAAUUCAAUUACAUGUUCUCCCAGUGUUGCACUCUAUUCCUCAUAAGAUUGAUAUUUUUCAUCGUAGAACUAAUACAGACAUUCUUGGAUACUUCAUUUGUCGAAAUAUCUCCAGUGAUAGUUUUGAAAAUAAUCUCUUCCCUAGAAGGCUUCUUCAUUUUGUUAGUAUUCAUUGUACAUUGUAUCAAGAAAAAACAGUGGCAGAGGAAAGUUAGAAAACAAGUGGACAAUCCUAAUGACCUAAGGCUGAUGAGGGAUUUUCUGGCAUAUUGAAGUGAAAAGGGGCCCACUCAAGCGGAACAAACUGAUCGUUUUAAAAUGUAACAGUGUUGAAACAUAUCCAACUAGAAUAUUGCAGUAUUUGCCUGAGAAGAUUACAACUAUAUGAUGGGAUAUACAAUAUGUAUGUAAUAGGUAUGUUAUGUGGUAAUAUAACAAAUACGACCAAAGAUGAUCACGAGCAAAACAGCUGAAAUUAAUUUAUUGUUAUUUUCUUAUUAAAUGUCCUAUUUUAGAAUGGUAUUGAGAACUGAACAUUAGAUUCAGAUAUUUUUUAUAUAUGUAGGAGUAUUAUUUAGCUCAGAGUUCCUAGCUUUAUUAGUAUUUUCAAUCUUCAAAUCAUAUCUAAAUGUAAAACUAGACAUAAAUUGUGAAAGAUGACAAUUAUCACAUGACCAAUUUUUAUAAUUUUUUUUUCAAGCAAAUGUAUAUACAAGUUGAAUUUGAAGUAUACCAAAGGGCUUUUAUACUCUUGUUAAUGACAUUUCUUCAAUAUGAAUAUCAUAUGUUUGUAAUUUAGUUAAUUAUAAAUUGGUUUGUGAGUAUAUAUUCUUUACAAACCGAAUGUUACAUCCAUUGAUGUAAAUCAAGAAAUGAUGGUCUGAAAUAGGAGGAGUUACAUAGUUAGCAAUUUACACAAGUUAUUGUUUGAUUUUUAAGCGUUACAGACCUUAAGUUUGUGAUAUGUACUUAGGAGAAGGUCCAGUAUUAAUAUGGUAUAUUGUUUUUUUCUUUAAUAUGGCUUUCGUACUUUUUUACUUUUACUUGUUUGACAAUAAUAAACAGUUAGCUGAGAAAAACUAUUGUUUUCAAAUAAAAUAUAAAACUUUGAG